UGUUGAUGCAUCUGAAUGGGGAUCACUGAUGUAAAUGAGCUUUGUCGUUAUGUGGGACAAAAAGGAAUGGGUUUGACUUUAAUGGAGUAACGUGCAAACUGCUGGAAUGUGAUUGGAUUGCUCACUGGAAUGUCGUAGCAGAAACUGAAUCAGGAUCAACAUACACCUGCGAACAGUUGAGAAUCAGCUGUUUGUUUGCUGCUCCACUAAAAACAACUUCAAUGACUUAAAUCCACAGUCCACAUCUGCACUCAGUGAGGUUGUGAUCACACUGCUCUGUGUGUGGGACUUUCUGAUUCUCCAACAAACAAGAAGCAGAACAGGAUGGAGAACUUUGGAGCUCAGCUGCCUCUCUUUGUUCCAGCCAGCAGCUCUCAGCAGCAUCUGUUCAGGAAGUGCACCACCUACCUGGCUAAGAUCGCUGUCGUCCUCCAAGACGCCCCAGACAAGAUGCUCACUUUUACUCAGUUGAUGGACAAGCUGGCACCACUAAUCUCUGAAGACAGAAAAUCUGUUGAGAACAACAUCAGAGUCUGUCUAUCAGCCAACAAAUGUUUUGUCAAGAUUCCAGUGGUUCCAGAUUCACUGGGCAGCAAGAGAAACUACUGGAAACUGGACCCCAGCCAGAUCACAGCAAAGAUGGUGCGUCGUCACUUCAAAGGAAUCCUGCAGCUCUUCCCUGAGUUGGCCUCUAAAGUGGAAAUGGAGACCACGAGCAGACCAUCAGAGCACUGCUCAGGUCUCCAUUCUCCUGAACCUGCAGCCUGUGGAGCUGUUCAGAUCAGAUGUGAGGUGAAGUUCAGCAGUCCUUUCUCCAUUGAAUCCCUCCUGAAGAGAGACAGUCCCUCUGCUCGGACCUCCAGAGCUUUUCCUCUGUCCAAUGUGCCGGUCAGAGCAGAGCAGCAGCCUCGGUCUACACAUGGACGAGUUGGGACAAAGAGGAGCUUGACCUGGGACUCUGAGGAGCCUCUCCUCCUUCAAGCUUCAGCUAGAAGUUCACCAAUGUGUUCAACAGGGGGCAGCACACACCAGGGACUCACUGCUAAUGGAGCUGCUAAGCCCAUCAAGAAGAGGAUGCAUGUGUACACUGAGGCCUCAUUCCCCGUCUACACAAGAGCCAGUGCUGCUCCUUAUUUCAGCAGUCCACACAGCAGUUACAUCACAUACUCUGUACCCACAUUUACCCACGACGCUCUCCGUUUUCGUUUGUAAAUAUUUUUUCCUACUUCCAUAUUGCACUUUUAUAUGUUUUGUUUUUGAGUGAAGUGUACACAUUUUUUUUAUCAGACACACUUUCAAAAGAAUUACAAGGUCCAUAAUGGGACUCAUUGUGUCUAAAAUAAUUAUUUUAUUCGUGCCUUUCAUUUUGUUGGUAGUUGCCUCAUGGUUGAAAGUAGGCUUUUGUCCUGAAUACUAGGACAUUUUAUGCAUGUUUUACAUGGUUUCUUUGUGUUUGGCGUGAGUAUCUGACCAUAAGAGGGCAGCAUAGUAUUUUGAAGUUUAACUUGAAAUGCAGUAAUUGUCAACAUAAUCUCUUGUAUCAAACUUUGAUUAAAGAUGGUACUUUUUGCCCAGCA